UAUCUACAUUGUGAUAGUGUGCUGUUACACUGAGUACAGUAUGUCAGCUCUUUAAACCGUAUUCUAUUUAUAUUUAGAAUUUCUAUCUGUUGUGUUAACAGUAACAAUGGUUUUAGAUAUAUUUGCAGCAGCAAUUGUAUUCCUGCCCCUUGCAUUCACCUCUCUGCUUUUUCUACUUUUUCUGUUGAAUAUUUUCAAAAGUAAAUGGAGUAUUGUUCCAUACCCACCUGUGGCUGCUACAAUAGUUGGUCAUAUUAUCAACUUUAAGAAGCAAUAUGAUUACCUUACUGAUUUUCACUACCGCUAUAGAACAUUCAGAAUAGCUUAUCCUAAUCACAGCUAUGUUUUUACUACUGAUCCUGCAAAUGUGGAGUACAUCCUCAAAACCAAUUUCACAAAUUAUGGCAAGCAAAAUAUCACCCAUGAUUGUAUGGAAGAUCUUCUCGGGGAUGGGAUUUUCACUGUUGAUGGAGAGAAAUGGAAGCAACAGAGAAAAUUAGCAAGUUUUGAAUUCUCCGCCAAAGUUUUGAAGGAUUUUAGUAGUGUUGUUUUUCGAAAAAGUGCAGUGGAGCUUUCUGCAAUUUUAUUAGAAGCAUGUAGAACAAAUCAAACCGUUGAGAUGCAGGAUCUCUUCCUAAGAUCAACAAUGAAUACAAUCUGCAAAGUGGGUUUUGGAGUAGAGAUGAACAGCUUAUCAAAUUCAAACACUGGGCCAGAAGCUGCUUUCGCAAGAGCCUUUGAUACUGCAAAUGGUAUUGUUUUAUGGCGUUUUCUUGACAUUACCUGGAAAUUGAAAAAAUAUUUCAAUAUUGGCUCAGAGGCCAUCUUGAGGCAGAGCAUCAAAACUGUGGAUGAUUUUAUCUACAACAUCAUUCGAAACAGAAAGCAAGAGCUUUCUGCACAAAACGGCAAUGAAAAACCAGAUAUACUGUCUCGCUUUAUUAGAUCGAGUGAACAGGAGCCAGAAAAGCUAUCUGACAAGUAUCUAAGAGAUAUUAUACUGAAUUUCAUGAUUGCCGGUAGAGACACAACUGCAGUUACACUCUCUUGGUUCUUUUAUCUGCUCUGCAAGAACCCAGGUGUUGAAGAAAAGCUACUUCAAGAAAUUCAUGAUGUGGUCACAGAAAAUGAAUCUGGGUCUCUGGCAGAAUCUAUUAGCAUGUUUGCCCAAGGUCUAACACACAGGGUAUUGGAUAAGAUGCACUAUCUUCAUGCAUGUUUAUCAGAAACAUUGCGCUUAUACCCAGCUGUUCCAGUGGAUUCCAGGCAUGUUGGUUCUGAUGAUACCCUUCCAGAUGGAUUUAGAAUGAAGAAAGGUGAUUUGGUGAACUAUAAUCCUUACUCUAUGGGUAGAAUGGAAUAUCUGUGGGGAGUUGAUGCUAAGGAGUUUAGGCCUGAAAGGUGGCUUGAGAAUGGGGUUUACCAACCUCAAUCACCUUUCAAAUUCACAGCAUUUCAAGCCGGCCCUCGAAUUUGUCUUGGAAAGGAGUUUGCAUACAUGCAAAUGAAGACUGUUGCUACUGUUCUUCUUCGUUUCUUCAAAUUUGAAGCUGUUAAAGGAAAGGAAGUUGCAUAUGAGCCUGCACUAACACUCCAUAUGAAUGAAGAUGGAUUUAAUGUUCAUGUCAUGUGUAGGUCGAAUUGGUGAGCACAGGUUAUAAGGCACAUGUUAUAGUUUUAGCUCUUAGCCAUUAUAGAUAAGCUGACAUUUUCCUUACAUGCUGUAAUAUAAGCAUAAAGGAAGAUGAUUAUUACAAUAAGGAACUGUAAUAUCAGUUGUAUUGUCCUAGCAGAAGUUUCUGACUUACGCUUGCAGUGUCACUAGAUGGGAUUUCCUGUUUUAUCUUCCAAAACAUAAAUUAUGUCUUAAAAUACUUGUGCCAGAUACCCGAAGUACUCUUUUGCAUUGCAAUUAUAUAAUCUAUUUGUUUAUAGCUAGACCUUUCUUGAA